CAACUAUAAAGCUUAGCAAUGGAAAAUAAGGUAAUUCUCAAGGAGGAAGAGUUCUUGGUCAGCACCAGAUAAAGAGCAGCUUUCAACCAAAUCAUGUUGCCUACAGUGGAGAGCUUUGAAAUUAAUGAUCCAAAGCCCAAGAAGAGAAGGGUGAACUGCUUUAUGAUCGUGGUGGUACUAUACCUGAUUCUGCUCACCAUGGGAAACGUUCUGCUGGCAAUUAAAGUUUUGAAUUUGCAGGAGCAGCUCAGGCGCCUGGAGGUUCCCUUCAUCAAUGAGUCACUGGCUGCAGAGGACCGUUCGCCCUUCUCCUUGUUCCAGUCAAUGAGCGCUCCUCACCUGGCUGAGGAUGCACCAAGGCUGCAAGUCCUGCAGGCCCAGCUCAACCAGGUCCAUGCCAGGCAGGAGCACCUGCUGCAGCAGGUGGACAGCUUCACUCGGAGCGCAGGUCCACCAGGACCUCAAGGUCCACCAGGAAUCAAGGGACAAGCAGGAAGCAAGGGGGAGAAGGGCACCAAAGGAGACACAGGGGCCAUGGGACACCCUGGAGCUCAGGGAAGUAAAGGCGACUCAGGGGAUCCAGGCUCCCCAGGUGUGGCUGGAAAUCCUGGAAUCAAAGGUGAUCAAGGACAACUUGGAGUGAAGGGUUUUCCAGGCCCUCCAGGUACGGCAGGACUCCCAGGUGCCAAGGGUGAGCCUGGCAGCCCUGGUUCUAUUGGACUAACAGGACCACCAGGGAGCCCCGGGAGUCCAGGAGCCAAUGGUGUGAAAGGAAGCAAGGGGGACACAGGACUUCAAGGACAGAAAGGAACAAAAGGAGAAUCAGGAGUUCCAGGGAGGUGGUCUCUCUCCUCUCUGGGCCCUGCAGGCAUGAAAGGAGAAAAGGGGAGCCCAGGCCUGGCAGGCCCCAAGGGUGCCCCUGGACCAGGCGGCCAAAAGGGAGAACUAGGAGUGAAAGGAUCUCCUGGGCCACAAGGAAUAAAGGGAGAAAAAGGUCAAAAAGGCUCAGGCUUCGCAUCUGUCAGGAUUAUUGGCACCAGGAACCGAGGCCGGGCUGAAAUUUACUAUAACGGUGCCUGGGGCACCAUUUGCGAUGAUGGGUGGGACAGUCUGGAUGCCACGGUCUUCUGCCGCAUGCUGGGUUACUCUGCAGGAAGAGCCCUUACCGGCGUGGGAGCUGGCACCGGGAAUAUCUGGCUGGAUGAUGUCGCAUGUCAAGGGACAGAGGACACCCUGUGGACCUGCAAUAAGAGUGACUGGGGCUCUCACAACUGCAACCACAGUGAGGAUGCUGGUGUGGACUGCAGCUGACCUUGCACAGCUCUUUAACACUCUGCUUCCAAGGUGUCUGCAGGCAAAGACACUCAGUCCACUUGGGGGAAGGCCAGCGUUCUCUGAGGUGUUCCCUGGGAGGGGGUGAGCAGCCUCUGUCAUGCCAUCACUAAUAAAGCUCAAAGUGCUAUGUGGCAAGGUCACUGGCUGUGGCUGCAAUCACCAUUACUGAUUGACCAACCGAAUUAAACCAAGAAGUUAAAGCCCUU